GGAGCGAGGGCGAACCAGAGGAGAGGGGCGUGGCUCGUUCUCGGGAGCUAGUGGUGGAGGCCCGGGCGGCGCGGCGGCGGCGGCGUGGGGGGUCCGAGCAGUCCCCGCGCGUGAGGCCGCCGUGUUCGGUCGUUUCCCCGCGCUGAGCAGGGUUCUCCCGGUGGCGGUGGCGCUGCGGGUCGGAGGGCCGGCGCCCAGCACAGGUUUCCUAAAAGACAGAAAAAUGGGUGACUCCAUAAACCAGUUGCAGCCACUUAAUGAGAAGCAGAUAGCCAAUUCAGAAGGUGGAUAUGUAUGGCAAGUCACGGAUAUGAAUCGCCUACACCGGUUUCUAUGUUUUGGUUCUGAAGGCGGGACUUACUAUAUCAAAGAGCAGAAGCUGGGCCUGGAAAAUGCCGAAGCUCUAAUCAGAUUGAUCGAGGACGGCAGAGGCGGUGAAGUGAUACAGGAGAUAAAGUCGUUCAGUCAGGAAGGCAAAACCGCCAGGCAGGAGCCCAUGCUCUUCGCGCUGGCCAUCUGCUCCCAGUGUUCCGACCUGAGCACGAAGCAAGCGGCCUUUAAGGCUGUUGCUGAAGUCUGUCGAAUUCCCACGCAUCUCUUCACUUUCAUCCAGUUUAAGAAAGACCUGAAGGAAAGCAUGAAAUGCGGCAUGUGGGGUCGCGCCCUGCGGAAGGCUGUCGCAGACUGGUACAAUGGGAAAGGUGGGAUGGCCCUUGCUCUGGCUGUGACAAAAUACAAACAGAGAAACGGCUGGUCUCACAAGGAUCUGCUCAGACUGUCACAUCUUAAACCCUCCAGUGAAGGACUUGCAAUUGUGACCAAAUAUAUUACUAAGGGCUGGAAAGAGGUCCAGGAAUUGUAUAAAGACAAAGCACUUUCUGCAGAGACGGAAAAACUAUUAAAGUACCUGGAGGCUGUAGAGAAGGUGAAGCGCACGAAAGAUGAACUGGAAGUCAUCCACCUGAUAGAGGAGCACAGGCUGGUUAGAGAACACCUUCUGACGAGUCACUUAAAGUCCAAAGAGGUGUGGAAAGCUUUGUUACAAGAAAUGCCUCUUACUGCAUUACUAAGAAACCUAGGAAAGAUGACUGCUAAUUCAGUGCUUGAGCCAGGAAAUUCAGAAGUGUCUUUAGUAUGUGAGAAGCUGUGUAAUGACAAACUGUUAAAAAAGGCUCGUAUACAUCCAUUUCAUAUUUUAGUUGCAUUAGAAACUUAUAAAACAGGUCAUGGGCUCAGAGGAAAACUGAAGUGGCGUCCUGAUGAAGAAAUUUUGAAAGCUUUGGAUGCUGCCUUUUAUAAAACAUUUAAGACAGUUGAGCCAACUGGGAAGCGUUUCUUGCUGGCUGUUGACGUCAGUGCUUCUAUGAAUCAGAGAGUUCUGGGGAGUGUCCUCAAUGCCAGCACUGUUGCCGCGGCGAUGUGCAUGGUUGUCACACGAACAGAAAAAGAUUCUCACGUAGUUGCUUUUUCAAAUGAAAUGGUACCAUGUCCCGUAACUACAGAUAUGACUUUGCAACAGGUUUUAAUGGCUAUGAAUCAGAUCCCAGCAGGUGGCACUGAUUGCUCUCUCCCAAUGCUCUGGGCCCAGAAGACAAACGCAGCUGCUGAUGUGUUCAUUGUGUUCACUGACAACGAGACCUUUGUCGGGCACGUCCACCCAGCUGUUGCUCUGAGGCAGUAUCGGAAGAAAAUGGAUAUUCCAGCUAAAUUGAUUGUUUGUGGAAUGACGUCAAAUGGUUUCACUAUUGCAGACCCAGAUGACAGAGGCAUGUUGGAUAUGUGUGGCUUUGACACUGGAGCUCUGGAUGUCAUUCGAAACUUCACACUAGAUGUCAUUUAACCAUAAGCACCAGCCUGAUUCAGGUGGCCCACUGCCAUUGGUGAUCUCACUGCAGACAUGCAGCUACUUCCCAGCUCAUCUGAAUCCCGUGAAAGAUGUGAAGAUGAUGGCCUAGUAUGUGUGUAAUGGGAGGUUUACCUUACCAAAAAGAAAAAGAGGGAAGGAAAAAAUAGAUUAAGCCCAAAGUUCCUUCUGUCUGCUAAAUAGCAGCUGGGAAGUAGCUUCAGAAUACACUGCAGCUCCCUCUAAUAGAGAACUUCUUGUUGAUCAACACUGUAAACUGUCCAACAGGUUUGCUUUGGUAAAUAAUCACAUUUGUAUUUAAAAGAAGAGCCAAAUUUGUAAGUAGUUCCAUAUCAUGUCACUUAUUUGAAAAGUGCUUAAAAGUUUUCUUAAAUGUUUUCACUGGGAGAGGACAGCUUUGAUCAUGUCCACAUUCUCUGAAGUGCACUGGACCACGCAACUGUGAUGGCGCAUCCGACUCCUCUGUACACUUUAUACCAAGGGGCUAACACAGAAACCAAGAUGGUUGAUUAAGGUAUGAGUGGGUUUUCACAAAUUCCUUUAAGAUUUUUUAAGAUCACAUAAAUAGCAGCUUUCUUAUUCAGUGAAAAAUACUUUGUGUUUUUAUGUUUUAUUUACUCUUGUAGAAUUAUUGCCAUUAACCAGAAACAUAACGGAAGUUUCUGGGAAGGGGACUCCAAAGUGUGUGGCAGCUGAGGAAUUCUCUUUGGAUUGUUUCAUUUGUCUUGGCAUAUUUUACUGCUGUGACUUGAGGGUGUGACUUGACAGUUUCCUCCAAGUCAUAGCAACAUAGCCACACAGAGUCAUACUCUUUUUUUUAUACCUUUAGGUGAAAACAACAGAAAGUGUUUCAGCAUUUAACUCACCCAUUCAUAAUCUGAAAGUAUGACAAAAUCUCCACUAUAAUCCGAUUAGAUUUUUCCUUACUGUAAAAUAUUGCUCCAAUUUCUUUUAACUAUUUUUUUAGCCAAACUGUAAAUGGGUUUUAGAUAUUUUCUAAUUGUAAACAUGUCAGUGGCCUCUUUGUUAUUCAUUGUGGCAAGGCAUUCUUUUUUGAUAGAGUAAACAGUAAUAAACUAGGUCUUUCAGAUUUGAAAGGCCAUUUUUGAGUAGCGUGUUACCACUAACCAGUCUGUAAGAAAGUAUUUUUUUCUACUUUAUUUGUGUAUAUUAAACUUCUUUUCAGUAUGCUAAAGUGCAUUAUUUUCUUGAGCAGAUACCCCUUCUUUGUGGGGAGGUUUAACCUGUUCGAAUACCAGUUCCUUUGCUUAUAUCAUGGUUGUUUAAGCUUACACAAAACUUUAAUGUUUAUGUACUUUUUAGUAAUUGACAAUUUAUGCAGGAUUUUAAUAAAUCCCUUAUUGCGUAAAAAGGCAGACUAGUAAAUGUAAAUUGUAGUCUUAUGUGCUUGGGGUUAAACCAGAGGGUUUGUGUUUCAGGGUUUAGGGGGGAUUUAGUAGUGUUAGAAUUUGUAUAAGUACUAUGUUCUUUUCAUGGGAAACUUGGUCUCCGGGGGUGACAAGAAAAUGUUCCUUUCAGACUUAUUUGCUAUAUUAAUGCUAGCUCUUUUAUGUAGACUUCAAGGAAACAUAUAGCAACUUGUAAAUGUUGUGAUUUACCUGAGGCUUUGGAGUCAGCACAAUUAGUUAGCAACCCUCCCGCAACAAAAAAAAAACAUUGUUUCUGAUGUCAUUUUGUUUUUAAUCUUCUAUCAGACAUUGGGUUUAACAUCUUAGCUGUUGGUAUAAAGAACCUAACAGAAUUGUGUUAUAGUCCUGGAACUCAAUGCAAAUGCAAGAUCUUCUUAAUUCAAAAAUCAUAAAGUAUUCUAACUUUUUAUUCCUAAUUGAAAUAAAAGUAUACUUCCUUCAGUUAUGUACCAUUCCCAUAGUGUUUUCAGGCAGAUUAUUCAGGAAUAUUCAUUAUAUUCAUAAUACUAAAUCAGAGAAGUAAGGUUAGAUGUGACCUUUUUGAAGUAUUUAGCUUAGUUGAAUUAAACGGACUAGGAUAUGGUUUAAGAAGGAAGGAAGAAAAAAACUGAAAGGCACCUCAGAAGGUACCUUUAUUUUCAAAUUUGGGAAGAGCUAGAACAAACCUUUGAAAUGUAAAAGUGAUUUUUUUUUUCUUUUUUAAAUUUAGGUUAGGGAGCUAGGUUCCAAGAAGUGUGGCUUUGGGACACUAGAUCUAGAAAUUUUCUUCCCAAUAUUCAUAUCCCCACAAAAUGGGAAAACACUGACUUGCAAGAGUAGGAGUGAAAACAGAAUUAUUCAAGACUUGUAUCUUUUAGGUAUUAAGAAAUAAUGUAUAUACAUGAUUGCUGUAGGAGUAGAAAAACAGAAAUUGUAAACAUAACUUUUGUAGUUCAUAGUAAUCCUCAAGCACAAUUAAUGUCUUAAUAAUCUAUGUUGCUAUAUAAUACAGUCCUAUAGAAAAAUAAAAAACUUUACCUCAUUAUGAAUAAAAUAUACUCAAGCGAUAAAGAAGUUUAUUUUCUGAAUUGCUUUUAGGAUUACUGUUCUUUAGUAUUUACGGAAAUGUUGCUUAAAAAAUCUUAAGAAAAAUUAAUAAACUCUUACUUCCUAGAAAAUAUGUAAAUAUUUUCAGGAUAUAACUAUAAUUAGUAAAACAAAAAUUAAUCUUAAAAUUUCUACCCUUGUUGAAAUUCUUUGAAAAUUCCAUUAAUUAAUAAUGUCAUAUUAUUUAGUGUAGUAUUUUAUAGGUAUGUCGUUGAGGAAUUGCUAGCAAGUGGAAUUCAGUGUUACCCCUUUGGAAAUUUUUGGUUUUUCUAACCUACUGUGCGACUGUAGAGCCCAAUUUCACCUCUGUGAUUCAGUUUUGUUAUUUUUACAAAGUAACAUCUGAUGUUUAGAUCAUAGGAAAAUCAUUUUUAAUAUCUGUAUAAAAGUUUAAAUUGGGAACAGGUCUUGCAAUACAGAUUAGAACUUAAUGUAUUUUUAAAGACAAAAUGUUUUAGGAAAAUAGACUCAAUAAUUUCUUAAAACACUUCUCCAAGUGGGAAAAAGUGGAAGAAAAAAUUUCAUUGUAAAAGUAUUGACUAAGAAGUCACUGUUCUCUGAUCAAGAGAAAAAAGGGUUUAUUCCAAGUCCAACACCCCUCCCACCAUGGACCUAGAAAAACAAACUCAAUACUCU